AUGACAGACAUCGACGUGAAGACCUACAGUGAUGACGCUUCGCUCGGCAAGGAGGCACCGAAGGUCGACUCGACACACCCCAUCAAGGGCGGAAAUCUCACGAUCGAGCUGGACAAGGUGUACGUGCUGUACUUCUUCAACACUUUCUACCGCGGUGCUGACGUGUGCAAUGACGAGUUCACGGUGCUAUCAGAAGAAAUGGGGGACAAGGUGGUGUUCGUCGGCAUCAGCACUGAUGCCGACAUCGCCAAGACGGAGAAGUAUCUGGGGAAGGAGAUCAUUGAUGAGAACACGAAGAAGCAGCUGCGACUGUCUCCGCCCCACAUCGUUUACGACGAGGGCAAGGUGGUCAGCAAGAACUACGCGGCUGUAUCAAACCUCUCUGUGAUGUCGUGCCCCAUGGCCUUCGUGAUCAAGGACGGCAAGGUCGUGUGGCGCCAGCAGUUCCUGCAGGCUCACACUGUUAACCAGUCUAACUUCCGCGCGCAGCUAAGCCACGUGCUGGCUGGUGAAGAACUCGAGUCAAACGGUCCUCGCCCAAAGGUGGAGAUUGAAGAGGAGGAAGCAGAGGGCAUAGACGGUGAGAUGUCGCUCUUCUAG